AUGUUGUGGGGGCUCCGUCAGCACGUGCCGCGCUUCAUGGAGCCGAACAGCAGGAGUUUCCAGCCCUGGCGGGACUACAUGGGGCUCGCGGACACGGUGAGGGACAUCCUGGGCCUGGAGGCGGCCGCCGAGCACCAGCUCCACGCGCGCAAAGCCCAGCACGCGCUCUCCGGUGACCCGGGGAGAGCUCCGGUGUCCGUGCGCGUUCACGCGGGCCUUCAGAAGGACCUGGGAGAGUUUAGGACACCGGGCGUGGAUCCCCGGGCGCGUGACCGCGAAAACCCCGCGCGCAACAACGGUGCCAAAGACGCACCGGGAGACGAUACCAAACCGGGAGAAGAGGCCAAACCGGUACCGGGGGGGUCCCGGGGGGGGGAGAGGGAGCACCGGAGGGGGGGUCGCCACCACGAGCCCGCGCCCCACCCCCCCCAAACCCCGCGGGAGCGCGCGUUCUGCAGCUUCUGCAAGCACAACGGGGAGUCCGAGCUGGUGUUCGCCUCCCACCGGCUGAAGGCCGCCACCGGGGAGGUGCUGUGCCCGUACCUGCGGCAGUACGUGUGCCCGCUGUGCGGGGCCACGGGGCCCGGGGCCCACACCAAGCGCUUCUGCCCGCGCGUGGACAGCGCCUACAGCUCCGUGUACGCCAAGUCCAGACGCUGA